AUGCAUGAAGUAUGUAUACUAUGUACUAGUAAGUUAAUUUGUUUGAUUUUCUUUUCAGGUUCCUUUAACCGAAGAAGGCGAAAUUCCAUAUUUGUCACUGUGACCCUUUUCAUUGUUUCCACGUUAAUUUUAACAGUGGGUCUGGCAGCAACCACUAGAACAGAAAAUGUUACGGUAGGAGGCUACUAUCCGGGUGUAAUUCUUGGAUUUGGAUCCAUACUUGGAAUCAUUGGAUCCAAUUUAAUAGAGAAUAAAAGACAGAUGCUUGUUGCAUCUAUAGUUUUUAUCAGUUUUGGAGUGAUUGCGGCUUUUUGCUGUGCCAUUGUGGAUGGUGUUUUUGCUGCCAGACAUCUAGAUCUUAGACCAAUUUAUGCAGGGAAAUGUCGAUACUUUACCUCUUCAGAUGAAGAUCGAUCCACCGAUGUGAUGUGCCAGAUGCCAACUCGAGGAUCUUGUUCUUUGAAAGUAAAAAGCAACACCUGUUAUUGCUGCGAGCUAUAUAAUUGUGGGAGGGCUGGAGUAACAGGAAUGUAUUACGAGUACGUGGAUGUAAAAAGCUGCCAAGAUGUUAUACAUCUUUACCACUUACUGUGGUCUGUUACUAUACUGAACAUAGUGGGUUUAUUCCUGGGUAUUAUAACAGCUGCAGUACUUGGAGGAUUUAAAGACAUGAAUCCUGCUAUUCCUGCCAUUAGUUGUAUUGUUGAGACCCCACGCCCUACGGUGCAAUACAACACAAGACCACCAGUGCCGUCUUAUAAUACUUAUUAUCACAGCACUCCACACCUGCCACCUUAUACUGCCUAUGACUUACAGCAUUCCAACAUAUUUCCAGCUUCUACACCUUCUGGCUUGUCAGAUGAUCCUACUUCAACAUCGCAAUCCGGUCCCAGCUUCAUGUGGCCAUCCAGUGCUCCACCACGCUAUUCCCCACCUUAUUUUCCACCAGAUGAAAAGCCUCCACCUUACACCCCUUGA